AUGUCCGAAGAAUCUGAACCAUUACUGUUGCCGGUUAUUUCCCCAAUUACGGAACCGGUUUCAGGGGAUUUGGCAAAUACGGCUGCCGUUGAAACGCAGACUUUAACGCCUUUACGCACUAGGACUAUUGUCCUUGCCCUGUACCUUGGCUCCUUCCUUGCUGCGCUUGACACUACCAUCGUAGCCACAUUAUUACCCACUAUAGCAUCGGAUCUUGAUGCAUCCUCCCAAAUGUCGUGGAUUGCCACGUCUUACUUGCUUUCGUGCAGUGCGUUCCAGCCGUUGUACGGUAAAUUGUCAGAUAUCUUCGGAAGAAAGAUGCUAUUGCUGUGGUCUAAUGCGGUUUUUGCCAUUGGAUGUGUCAUAUGUGGUUCUCCAUGGACUAACAACGUUUGGGUGUUGUCCGCUGGCCGAUUCAUCGCUGGUAUUGGCGGAGGGGGACUUAGCACUCUAAGUACCAUCACCACCAGUGACAUUAUCCCAUUACGUCAAAGGGGAGUUUACCAAGGUCUUGGAAACAUUGUUUUCAGUUUUGGAUGUGCCUCUGGAAGUAUACUAGGUGCUUUACUACAACAAGGUAUAGGCUGGAGAUGGGCCUUCCUCAUUCAAGUACCACUUGCACUUCUAAGUUUCGUUUUGGUAGCUACUAUUUUGAACUUGCCUGCUAAAUCACCUGGCCGUGGCUUGAUCUUCUUAGAGCGCGAUCAAGGUAACAAAUUGAAAUGGUCCAAGGUGAUAAAAAUGAUAGAUUUUGUCGGUGGAUUUACGCUAAUAUCUUCGAUGUUGUUGCUAAUGAUUGCCAUCACAUUUUUGAACGAUGUUUCAUCUCUAAGCGUAAUGCAGUGGGUUCUACUUCUUGCAUCUCUGGUCAUCUUCGUUGGUCUUUUCAUUCAAGCCGAAAUGACAGCUGCUAAUCCAGUUGUACCAUUAAACUUACUAUUCGAAAAUCGCACAGUUCUUGCAUCCUCACUCACAAAUUGGUUUUGUACAAUGGCAACCUUUUCUAUCAUGUACUAUAUUCCUGUAUUUUGGCAAGCUGUGUACCACUUUGAUCCAUGGCAAAUAAGUUUACGUUCCAUUUCUAACUUUUUGGGCAUAUCCAUGGGUUCAUUGUUAUCAGGCAUUUACAUGAAGCGCACGGGCAAGUACUGGAAAUACUCCACUUUUGUGAACUCCUUCUUUGUUCUGGGCACCUUUUCCCUAUUUCUAUCUGCUUUCAGAAGUCGUGAGCAAGGUGUACUUGAAUUCGUCCUCAUGUUUUUACCAGGAUUUGGGUAUGCUACAAUGUUGACAGUAACCCUUUUAGCGCUCAUCGCCAGUGUAGACUUUUCACAUCAAGCUCAAGUCACCUCGAUUCAGUAUGCGUUCAGAGCAACUGGUUCAACGCUAGGGGUUGCCCUUGCAGGCUUGUUGUAUCAAUGGGGUCUUCAACACAAAUUGGAAAGCGUUGUUUUGACCGAUAAGACUUUGCUAGCGGAUUAUGGUCUGCGCAAGCUAACCAAAUGGUGCUCUCAAAUUCUUAAAGAUAACAUGUUUGACACAUCGUUUGAUGAAAGAUUUACGGCGCUUGUUCAUGGCUCUUUCAUGUUUAGUAGUCUGUGUGCCUUGGCGUUUGCGGCCACGAUGGCUAUCUUAGGUUUAACUACUAGUCUUUUCAUGAGAGAACAUACGUUGCACACUAGUGUUCCUUCAAAGUGA